CUUUGGAUGCGGGUCCCGAGUUACCUAGGUACAAUGUUUUCGGCUUGUAGGUAAUCCGUGUUCGUUUUCUUGUUUUUGCUAUUUCCUUUCUCUUGAAGUGUCGUGCAUGAUGAUAUGAUUCUCUCCCUCUCUCCUCUCGUCCAUUUACUUUCAUCUCUACGUCUCUGACGCGAUCAACUCACCUUCCAUAUCCGCCUGUCCUCAAAUAUCUCACAUCUCCCCUCUCUUCUACCCUACCACUUCUCCAGAACGGAAACCUACCGAGAAAAAGAGAAAAAAGAAAAAAGAAAAGAACAUCAACAAAACGCCAUGUCCUCCCAACCCCCCCUCCUCACCCACCCAACCCUCUCGGCCCGCAUCCAAGGCAAACGCAUCUCCCACACAACGCAAUACCUCGGCCUCAAAUACGCCUCCAUCCCGGCCCGCUUCCAGGACUGCAUCCCUCUGGAUUCCCUACCCGUGAACGAGCAUGGCAUCUACGACGCAACCCGCUACGGACCCAGCUGUCCGCAGAAGAAAGGCGGACGCGAGUACGAUGCCAGUCUUAUCGGGGAUCUGGCCAAGUUAUUCCCCGAGGGUAUGGGGAAAAGUGCUUCUGAAGGGGAGGGAGGAGAAGAGAUUGAUAUGGAAGACGUAGAUCGCAUGGAUGAAUUCGAGUGUCUGAAUCUGAAUGUCAUCGUUCCCGACAUCCCGGAAAGCACAGGAGCACCAAAACCCCUCCCAGUCUUCCUCUGGCUCCACGGCGGCGCCCUCUCCAUAGGCGCCUCCUCCUGGCCCCAAUACCACCUCACGCGCCUCGUCAAUCAUUCCCAAAAACUCGGCAAGCCCGUCAUCGGCGUCAGCAUCAACUACCGUCUCGGCGUGCUGGGGUUCCUCGCAUCUAGAGAGAUGGGGAUAAAGGGGAAUUUCGGGUACAGGGAUCAGAUGGCCGCCUUAAGGUGGGUGAAGCGGCAUAUCCGGGGUUUUGGCGGGGAUCCGGCGAAUGUGACUGCCGUGGGGGAGAGUGCGGGGGGGAUCAGUUUGAGUACGCUGCUUUGUGUUGAGGGGGCGGAGGAGGGAUUGUUUGACCGCGUGGUCGUUAUGAGUGGGGAUGUUACGUUGAGGAAGCCGAGGGGGUGGGCGUGGCAUGAGGAGAUGUGUAGGGAGCAGUUCAGAUACCUGGGCCUGGAGAGCGAGACGUUGGAUGUGCAAGAGAAGGCGAAGAGGCUUAGGGAAUGGGAUGUAGAGGAUCUGUGUGCGAGGUUGCCUCUUGCGCAGCAUUUCUGCGCCGUGAUUGAUGGGGAAAUACUAAAGGAGGAUGUGACGUUCAAGACCAUGUGGGAUGGGGCGAGUGAGGUGCAUAAGAGGCCUUGGUGUAAGGAGUGUGUUGUAGGUGAUACGAGGGAUGAUGGCACAAUCCUCGGUCCCCGCAUCCUCCAGCACCAGAACCCCCUUGCCCGCCUCCACUCCCUCUGCGCCACGUACCUCACUCCAGCCGAAACCCAGCACCUCCUCACAGCCUACAACAUCCCGCUUCCCUCCUCCUCAUCCCCACUCCCCUCCUUAAAAGAGAACCCCGACCUACCCACUACCCUCCUCACCCUAAUCUCCGACCUCCGCUUCCACCUCCCCACCCUCAUCGCCCACAAAGGUUGGCUCUCCCGCUCCCUCUCCCUCUCCCACUCGAACCCCUCCGAUCCCUCCGAUCCCUACCCUCAAUCACCCAAAUCACCAAAACCCAGCCGCUACCACUUCCACACCCCCAACCCCUUCCCCGGCCCAAAUCAAGGUCUAGCAAGCCACGAACUCGACGUCGCCUUCCUCCUGCAAAACUACGCCCGCGCCUCCGUAGGCUGGGGUGCCGCGCAGCAGAAAGUCGCUGACGCCAUGGGCGAGGUGUUUAUCCGUUUUGUGCACGGUGAGGGAUGGGGUGCUGUGGGUUCGUCUGAGGAGGGCGCGGCGGCGGCGGCGGCUGGGGAGGACGAGGUGGUUGUGUUUACGGCCGAGGGGGUCGAAAAGGUGUCUGAGAGGGAAUAUGAUGAGAAGUGGAGAGGUGGGAGGGGGAAGGUGUUGUUGGAGGUUGGGCCCGAGAAGUUGUGGCGGCUUGUCGAGGAGUGGCAGGGUGUGAGGGCGGAUAUUCCAGGUGAUGAUGGUGGGCCUCUUGUUGAUCUGGGGCCAGAAAGAGAGAGCACGGCGAGGUUGUGAAGGUAUGUGUAUGCAGAAAUGAGUGUUGGAUUUGUCACUAUAUCUGAUGAGGUUAGUCGGGUAAUCACUCUCGUAUGUGGUAAUGCAAUGCUCGUUGUCGCACAGAGGUGCUCCGUCUAUAAACAGCUGAG